AUGGAAACGCUAUGUAUGGAAGAAGGAGGAAGUGGGAAAAUUUUGUGUUGUCAGUGUGGUGCGUCGAUUGAACCAAAUGCGAUGAAUAUGUGCAUCGCAUGUGUGCGAUCUCGUAUUGAUAUUACAGAAGGAAUACCGAAACAAUAUCGAGCUUUUAUGUGUAAGUUCUGCAACCGAUGGUUGAUACCACCGAAUGGAUGGUUACAUGCAGAGCGAGAGUCAAAGGAACUGCUUUCCAUAUUGCUGAAAAAGCUAAAGCCAACAAUGACUAAGGUUCGCCUUACUGAUGCUUCCUUUUUAUGGACAGAACCACAUUCGAAAAGAGUGAAACUCAAGCUGACUAUCCAGAAAGAAGUAUUGACGGGCGCAGUCCUCCAACAAGUUUUCAUCGUGGAAUUUAUUGUUAUGAAUCAGAUGUGUGAUGACUGUCGACGUGCCGAAGCAAAAGAUUUCUGGCGUGCCUGUGUUCAAGUUCGUCAGAAGUGUGAAUUUAAAAAGACGUUAUUUUAUUUGGAACAACUAGUCCUGAAACAUAGUGCCCAUCUUAACACAACGACUAUCAAACCUGUACCUACAGGAGUCGAUUUCUUUUAUGCAAAAUUGCAGGACGCCAGGAAAUUCAUUGAUUUCAUCACCUCUCAUUUGCCCUGUAGAUAUUCAUAUGCUCAGGAACUGGUGACACAUGAUGCUAAGAGUAAUAUUUAUGACUAUAAGCACACUUUCUGUGUAGAAGUCGUACCGAUAUGUCGCGGUGAUUUAGUGUGUCUACCGAAGAAGACAGCUCAAGCUUUGGGUAACAUGAAUCAGCUCGUUGUAUGCUUAAGAGUGAACACAGUUAUCACUGUGAUUGAUCCAAGCACUUUGCAAAUGGCAGAUAUUAAUGCGACUCAAUAUUGGCGUGAUCCUUUUCAAACUUUAUGUCAAUCGAAGCGGUUGAACCAGUUUUAUGUAGUGGACGUAGAGGAUAUUGAUUUUAUUCAGUUGACUGCAGGAUGUAGCCAUUUGUCAACGAAACAUCGUUUAGCCGAUAUCUGGGUAGUUCCUAGUAAUCAGAUUGGACAAGAAAAUCAAGAAGUCUGCACGCGGUCUCAUCUUGGACAUUUGUUAAAACCAGGUGACCUUGUAUUAGGGUACGAUUUACGCAGUAGCAACGUAAACAGUGCGUUGCUAGAUGAUAUGAGAACGGAUAGGAUAGCUGAUAUCAUCUUAGUUCGAAAAGUUUACGAUCGGUCUAUACGACAAGAACGACGUAAUUGGAAAUUAAAACGACUGAUUCAAAAUGAUGGUGAUGUUUAUGACAGCUCUUCUAUGGAGAACGAAUUUGAGAACUUUCUGGAAGAUUUGGAGGAAGAUGAGCAGAUGAGGCAGAAGAUCAACAUUUAUCGGGAUAAUGCCAAACAACAAGCAGCUUAUUCUAAAGACAUCGCAUCAGAUUUGCCACCGGGUCCUUCAUUACAUGAAAUGUUGGAUGACCUUGAUCUCAACGCUGAUGUUGAAAUGAACUAA